AUGAAGCUUCAAGUACUCCCUACUUAUGGAAUAAUGAGACAUUCGUUUCAUAUUGACCCAAGAUCUAUUGCCAAUAAAGUCAAGUUCGCUAUGGACCACGGUAUUGGUGGUUUCACCGCUUGGAGCAUUACUACUGAUGACUUCAGAGGCGAAUGUGAUGAUGAGUUAAACACUUAUAGAGAUUAUGUUAAACGGUACAAUAAAAUAUCUGAUCAACCAAUAUUAAAAGAAGCAUUGGUUAACUUACAAAAAGUUGACAAUACCAGUGAAUUUUACGAUAUAAAAAACGACAAAGUACAUCUUCGAUUACCUCAACGAAAAUUUUUAAAAUUCCCUCUUCUAAGAACAAUCCAUGAUGCUACAAACCUGGCUCUAGAAGAGGCUAAAGUGUUAAGUGAAAUGCAGAGAUUAAGAGGUCAGACACGAUCCUCAUCAUGUACAAGGUCUUUUACAGAAGUUUGUAACUAUGCAGUCGAUAAUUUACAAGCAAACACGAUAAGA